AUGACUAUGAAGCAACGAGAUACAAGUAUAUUUGUGCAUUUAUUUAAAGGUGAAGAAAGCUGUGAAACAAAUAUCGGCUGGCCGCUCGAUUUUACUUUCAGUAUCACCGUUUUUGAAUUUCGUAUAUGGCACAUUGCAGCGGCACCGGUAGUAGCAGCAGCCGCAACAGCAGAAGCAGCAGCAGCAACGGCAGCAGUAGCAGCAGCAGUGUUGUUGUUUAUUGUUGUCGCUGUUGUUGUUGUUGUUGGUGGCGCUGAUGCCGAUGGAGUUUUCCUCUGCGUAAGUUGUUUGAUGCAUAAACGGCUAUUGCGGAUAGUGUAUGGUGAAGAGGGGGACAGAGGAGGAGUGGAAGAGGAAGAAACGAAAGAAUACUUUUGUUGUGUGUACAUUUUGGCCUUCUUUUUCAUUUUCGACAUGUUGUCUGGCUCAUAA